CGUUGCAAUAAUUUUGCUCGGUUUGGCGUGUUCAGUGAGAUAUUUGACCAUCCCGAGGCCGAGGCCGCGGUUAGUGCCGGUGAUCAGUACGGACCUCAUCGUUCGCGUAGUGGAGGGUGGGAACUCGGAAGUUGUAGUAUUUCGUGACAGUGGUUGUUAUCGAUGCCCGUUUAUCGGGUUGUGUCUGUCAUAAGUUGAACGUCAAAAUGACAAUCUUAAGUAAUUUUACAAGGGUAAAUAAUUUGUUGAGGCCGCUACGACUGGCCGAGACGGUGCUGGUGGUGGGAAGGCGCACACUAGCCAAUGGAACAUACGACUAUGAUCUGGCCGUCAUCGGUGGUGGCUCCGGGGGCCUCGCUUGCGCGAAGGAAGCGGUCAACCUGGGCGCUAAGGUCGCAGUGUUCGACUACGUAACACCCUCCCCCCAGGGCACCAAGUGGGGGCUAGGUGGCACCUGUGUCAACGUCGGAUGUAUACCCAAGAAGUUGAUGCACCAGGCGGCCAUACUCGGCGAGAGUAUACAUGAAGCAGUAUCGUACGGCUGGCAAGUUCCGUCCCUGGAGUCCAUCAAGAUCAGCUGGCCAGCUCUCACGGAGGCGGUCCAGAACCACAUCAAAUCAGUCAAUUGGGUCACAAGAGUAGACCUCAGGGAUAAGAAGAUUGACUACAUCAACGCUCUAGGAGAAUUCAAGGACCCACACACCCUCGUCGGUACCCUCAAAAACGGGUCUAAGAAGGAGAUAACCGCGAAGAACGUGGUGAUUGCAGUGGGCGGAAGACCUCACUACCCUGAAAUUCCAGGAGCGGUGGAGUACUGCAUCAGUAGUGAUGAUAUCUUCAGCUUGGGACAUCCGCCAGGGAAGACCUUGGUUGUCGGAGCUGGAUACAUUGGGCUCGAAUGCGCCGGCUUCCUCAAGUCUCUAGGGUACCCGGCGACCGUACUGGUACGAUCGGUGCCGCUUCGUGGCUUCGACCAACAAAUGGCGCAGAUGGUAACCAACGAGAUGGAGCAGCGCGGCGUGGUGUUCCACCACAGGACCAUUCCGCUCUCUGUAGAGAAGCUCGAGAAUGGACAGCUGAAGGCGCGCUGGUUGAACACGGAGACGCAGGAACAAGGUGAGGACGUAUUCGACACGGUGCUGAUGGCGACAGGUCGUUAUGCACUUACCAAAGCACUCAACCUGGAAGCGGCUGGAGUCAACUGCAUAUCAGAGUCCGGCAAGAUAGUGGCAGCGGCGGAGCAGACGAACGUGCCGCACGUGUACGCGGUCGGCGACGUGCUGGAGGGCCGGCCGGAGCUCACGCCGGUCGCGAUCCACGCCGGCCGCCUGCUCGCGCGCCGCAUGUUCGCCGGCGCCACGCAGCAGAUGGACUACGAGAACGUCGCCACCACGGUCUUCACGCCCUUGGAGUAUGGCUGCGUGGGGCUCAGCGAGGAGACUGCGGUGCAUAGGUUCGGCUCUGAGAGCCUGGAGGUGUACCACGCGUACUACAAGCCGACGGAGUUCUUCAUCCCGCAGCGCAACAUCCGCAACUGCUACCUGAAGGCGGUGGCGCUCCGCGACGCGCCGCAGCGCAUCCUCGGCCUGCACUUCGUGGGGCCCGUCGCGGGCGAGGUCAUACAGGGAUUCGCGGCUGCUAUCAAAUGCGGCAUCACAAUGGAACAGUUGAUGAACACCGUGGGCAUCCACCCGACAGUGGCGGAGGAGUUCACGCGACUCAACAUCACCAAGCGCUCCGGCAAGGACCCCAACCCCGCGUCCUGCUGCAGCUAAACGUACUACACCGCUCGCACACCGCACGGACCAAUCACAGCGCGGCAUUGGAACAGCCAAUCAGAACGUUUCGGUCCUUGCAACCCGCACUUAGCAAAAUAUUUCUGGCGAACUCCGACGCGAUAUCCCUCGUAGGUUUAAGUUGAACUACAGUUUACUUGUCAGAUCAAGUAGACUGUGGUUUUUACCUUGCUGUAAAAACUUUGGUUUUGUGAGUCUAAUUACAGCACAAACCAAUCACAGUCGUUUAUUGUUUAUUAAGUAGCCAAUGAUAUUGUUUUGUUCCUCACAAACCGCACUUUUUAGUACUUUGUUAUCUGGUGUCUAUUUAGGGUAAAAUGGUCAUGCGUUAUGGUGACGUCAUGCGUUAGUGCAAACUCGGUGCACGAGUCCUUAUCGGGGAUGGGCUUCGUGAUCUUUCGGAGCAAUCAAAAUUUCUUUUUCGUAAUUUAAUUUCUAAUUUUAUAUGGGAUGUGAAUUAUAAUUUAUUAUAUGGCUUGUGGCACCGUGAGUGCACUGUGCACCAGUCUACUUUGCCGAAUACAGUGAGCUUAAUAUUUGUACACCAUUUGCACAUUGCUUCAUAGUUUUCAGCUUUAUUGCCCAUUGCUAUGUGUAUUGCCAGUUGUUAAUAUUUAAAUUUAAUUACAUUAAAAUCUUUUUAAUUAUAUUUCGCAAAAAAAUCUCAAUUAUGAAAUUGAUAUUAAUAAUAUUAUAAUUAAAAAGGAACUCAUCAAUAUUUGUGGUCGGCUUGCAAUUAUUCCUCUCUGUCGCACUCUGACACCCUGUAGCCUCAUCAUUGUCGCGUUCCUAACUUCACAGUAGUCGUAAAUGACGCUCCCGUGACUUGUCUAACUUCAAGCCGUCAAUAAAGGUUGACAGCUGUAUUGACAUUUGCCUGUCGACAGCAAUCCGCAGGCGCUGUGAUAUACCAAUAACAAUGUUAUCGUCGUAUUUAGUUGAAUCAUUUGUAUAGGAAACUUGGAAAGGGUGGACAAUUUGUAUGCAACUUGAAAAAUAGAUUAUAAUUUACGGUUUUAUAUAUAACGGGUUGGAAGGAUUAAUUUACAAGACGAAUAGUCCGACUUUUUUAACGUUUUAUAUAAGAAAACUAACAUCAAUUGUCCACUCGCUUUAGUCUACUAGUGGCUCGUUGGUGCUUCUCAAAAUUACUUUCGAUAUAAAGUACAAAGUGUAAUGUAUUCGAACUAUGACGUAAUCCAAUCGCUCAGUAUUAUUGUAGUGCCGGUCAUACGAUACGAGAAAUCGAUACGAUCUAUUACAGUCUAGAUCGAAUUGAAUACAUUAUACAAUUUAUAUAGCUAAAAAUAUUUGCCAAACAUGGCGACUUAUCGGUCCGAUCGUACCGAUUUAUCGUAUCGCAUAUGACCUAUAUGAGGGAUGCGCACAUUCCGCCGCAGUGACAUCAGUUGACCGUAAUUUAAUAUGAUUUUGAACUCUUUAAAUAAAGUGAUAUAUUUUUAAA